GCUUAUUCAUUUUUUCUUUUUGUGAGGAGGGGAAACAUAACGGUCGUAACUACCAUAAUGGAGAACAACAAAGACGCCGGCGACGAACCGCCACGUUCUCCCAUGGCGGACCCCACAGAAUCCGAUCCCAAACUAGAAACCAAAUCAGAAACCGACUCACAGCCACCGCCGAACGAGGGAGGGGAGGAUGCAGAGAGCGCAGAGAAGAAGGAAGAGACCGGAGAGGAUGUUAUUGAUGAUCCUCCGCUUUCAACCCCGCUAAGCCUCGAGAAGGCGCACGAAGACAUGGAUCAAUUCCUCGAAACACUGAAACAGAAGGAGGAAGCGUCGGUUGAGAUGCCUGUUUUCCUUGACAAGUUCUUGGAUCUGGUGGAGGACAAGAUAGCAAGGUACGACGCGGGAGACGAUAGAGCGGAUGAUUCGUCGUUGUUGGAAGCGGUGAGCCGGAUUUCGAGCCUAAUGAAAACCGUACAGACUCAGCACCAACCAGAACCGCUCAUGAACCGCAUCGGCUCGAUCCAGCAGCGUGCAAUGACGUACUUGGAGGAAGAUUUCCGGUUGUUGAUGGAACAAUAUAGAAACGCUACGGAAUCAGAUCCCGGCGGCCAUGACCACAAGGGGAAGCACGUGGAGGAACAGCCGCAGGAGGAUUCCGAGAACGCGCCGGAGGAAUCCGAGUUGGAUUUCCCGGGAUAUUCCGAGGAAACUAUUUCCAGCCUGAAAGAGAUUGCCGGCGAAAUGGUCGCCGGCGGUUACACCGCUGAGUGCUGCCAGGUUUAUAUGACCUCAAGGAGGAACGCGUUCGACGAUGCUCUGCAAAAAUUAGGGUUCGAGAAGUUUAGCAUCGACGAGGUCCAGAAGGCGCAUUGGGAGACUCUUUCGAGGGAGAUGAUCCCGUCUUGGAUUAACACGUUCAAGCAGUGCGCCGCCGUGUACUUCCCCGGCGAGAGGAGGUUGGUGGAUGAGGUGUUCGCCGAUCGGCCUGAAUUGGCAGCGGGGAUCUUUAGCAACCUCUGUCGCGGCGUGGUGAUCCAGCUGCUGAACUUCUUGGAGGGAACAGCGAUGACAAAGCGCGCGGCGGAGAAGCUCUUCAAGCUCCUCGACAUGUAUGAGACCGUUCGGGAUGUGAUCCCGAAAAUGGACGAGCUCUUCUCCGAGGAGCACGUGGCGGAAGAGCUGAAGACGGAGCUGAAUCUGGCCAAGUCGAGGCUUGGCGAGGCUACUAUCUCCAUCUUCGGCGACUUCGAGAACAAUAUAAAGUCUGAUACCGGAAAGACGCCGGUGCCAGGUGGCGCCGUACACCCUGUGACGCGCUAUGUGAUGAACUACCUUAAUACAAGUGGUGAUUACAAGGAGACGUUGGAGCAGGUUUUCAAGGAGCAUUCGAAGAUCGAGCGCGCAGAUUCCACCAGUAGGCCCCAUGGCGAGAGUCAGGGGCAGAAUGGGAAAGAGGAUGAGAAGGCAGCUGCGUCGCCGUUUGCAGCGCAGGUGAUGAGGGUGAUGGACUUGCUGGACUCCUACCUCGACUCCAAGGCCAAGCUCUACAAGGAUAGUUCUCUAACUUCCUUUUUCAUGAUGAACAAUGGAAGGUACAUUCUGCAAAAGAUAAAGGGGUCAAUUGAGAUGGCGCAAGUGAUGGGAGACAACUGGUGUCGGAAGAGAUCCUCAGAGCUUCGAGCAUACCACAAAAAAUAUAUGAGAGACACAUGGCACAAAGUGUUAGAAUCCCUGAAACAUGAGGAGCUGACGGUGAACGGCAAGGUUGAUAAACCUAAACUAAAGGAAAGGUUCAAGACCUUCAACGCCUUGUUUGACGAGAUCCACAGGACACAGAGCUCGUGGGUUGUGAAGGACGGGCAGCUCCAAUCAGAGCUUAGGGUCUCCAUCUCCGCUGUAAUCAUCCCCGCUUACAGGGCUUUUCUUGGAAAAUACGCUCAGGUAUUGGAUCCUGGCCGCCAAACAGAGAAGUAUAUCAAGUACCAACCUGAAGAUAUAGAGAACUAUAUUGAUGAGUUAUUUGAUGGAAAGCCUCAUCAGUCUAUUGCCAAAAGGAAAACAUGACCUUCAAUUUAUUUAUAUUAUUCAUCUUAUCCUUCUCCACCAUUACCACCACCACCCAAAACUUCCUAUAUGAUCGUGAGGAUGAUGAGUAGUUAUAUAUAUGACAAUAUUUAUAUACGCAAGUAUAUAUAUAUACAUAUUUAUAUAUUUUUUUUAACUUUUAAACAGAAUAAAAAAUUGAAAAUACAAAAGGGAAAAAAAAAAGAAUAUUGUAAGAAGCAGAAAAGAAAAGGUGCUUUGGCAUGAAGAUGGAGCAGAAAGAAGGGGUUCGGCAUACUGCUUGCAUGCAUGUAUACGUGCAUGUGGAUGGU